AUGGUCGGUGUUUGGGAACGUAUACGACAGAUUUGGAUUCCGACAUCAUCAACUCGAUUGGCUGAAGCUGAACGUCGUGUUUUAUCAGUUGUUCGGUUUCCAUUCGAACAAAGUCAAGUGCCUAUCGGUGAUGACUUGACCAUAAACACAAUUCAUACAUACAAUCCAAAAGCACGACGGUCAAAUCCAAGAUCACCCCUAGUACUUCUACAUGGUUAUGGUGCUGGAGUCGGUUUUUGGUUGCUUAAUCUUGAUGCAUUAGCUGAGAAACAUGAACAUGUUUACGCUAUUGAUCUACUUGGUUGUGGACGAUCAUCACGACCACGUUUUCGAGCUAAAACAUCAGAUGAAGCUGAGAAUUUUUUUGUUGAUGCUCUUGAAAGAUGGCGCAUUCAACUUAAUCUUGAUAAAAUGAAUUUACUCGGACACUCUUUCGGUGCUUAUAUUAGUGCAUCCUAUGCUAUAUCAUUUCCAUCGCGGGUAUCACAUUUAAUAUUGGCUUCACCUGUCGGUGUACCAAACGAACCUGACACACCUGAACCUCCUCGUCGACAUCGUCUCUCAGUCGGAUGGCGUAUUUUACGUACUUUCGUUGUAUUUAUGUGGAAUCGUGGUUAUACACCUCAAUCUAUUGUUCGACUUAUUGGUCCCGUAGGUCCAAAACCCGUAACAGCAUAUGUGACACGACGAUUUUUCAUGGGACCAGCUGUUGAAGAAAAGCCAACAACAGACAAUGAAGCAACUUAUGAAACAUCAGCAGCUACAAGUGAUGCAGGUCUUGAAACAUCAACAGCUCUUGCAGAACAAAUUGAGAAAGGAACAUUGAAAUUGCCCAAAGACGAUGUAGCUCAAUAUCUUUAUCAUCUAUGUGCACAACCAGGCAGUGGAGAAUUUGCAUUGCCUCGUGUUCUUAAAUCCAGUGUUUUUGCAUAUAAUCCGUUAGAAAAUCGUUUGAAAGAUUGUCAAGUUUCACGUAUUACAUUUUUUUAUGGUGAUCAUGAUUGGAUGGAUGCAGAAGCCGGUCAAAGAACAGUUGAUUCACUAAAUCAACGAUUAAAUGCUGCAAAAUCAGCUCGACUUAUUGUUAUUCCUCGUGCUGGCCAUCAAAUGAUGAUCGAUAAUCCAGAUGGAUUUCAUGAAGCUAUUCGACAAGCAAUUGAAGAUUUUUAA